GGGGUUACUUCUUGGCACCAGGGAAAAUUGGAAACGAAAUAGUGGAUUGGCGGUUUUGUGUUUCCAUCGCACGUUGCGGGUUUGUUUUCAUCGUGUUGUUUCUUAAAAUUGUCACAAUUAUACAAAAUUACUGUGGAAACAGAGGUUGCGUUAACACCUCAACACUCAAUUCCAAGCGCUUUUUUACUGAUGACCAAAACCUAGCAAUGAUGAUAAAUAUCGCGUGGUGUGCUCACAAUAAAUAAAAGUGUCUGCGUGCCGCUGUCAUCAUUGACUUGUUACCCCGGAUGAUAAUCAUUCUCCUAAGAAAUACUAGUGCCUAACAUUAAAUAAUAAAUACAUCAUUUCGCACCAGUCCAAAUCCUUAAUCGCGCAUAAUUUUGGCGACCGGUUAUAAAGACAUCAUAACCUCAAACUGCUUUGCAAGUUAUACAAACUUCGAAACACAAUAACAAUCAGUUCAAAUUUGAGUUUAUACUCGAAAUGGUUCCCCUUGGCCCUUCCCCAGGACAUCAGCAAUCCGUCAACAAUUCAGCAACUACACCGACCAGUGGCACGAAAGGCAGUUCUGCUUUGAAACCAAACUACACCUUGAAGUACACGCUUGCUGGACAUACAAAAGCAGUAUCCUCUGUCAAGUUCAGUCCUAACGGCGAAUGGUUAGCUAGUUCUUCGGCUGACAAACUUAUCAAAAUAUGGGGCUCUUAUGACGGAAAGUUUGAGAAAACUAUAUCUGGCCAUAAGUUGGGCAUCUCAGAUGUGGCGUGGUCAAGUGACAGUAGACUACUAGUUUCAGCCUCUGAUGACAAAACCCUAAAAAUAUGGGAAUUGAGUUCUGGAAAAUGCCUGAAAACGCUGAAAGGACACAGCAAUUACGUGUUUUGCUGCAAUUUUAAUCCUCAAUCGAAUCUUAUUGUAUCUGGUUCUUUUGACGAAAGUGUAAGAAUAUGGGAUGUGAGAACAGGGAAAUGCUUGAAAACACUUCCAGCUCAUUCUGAUCCCGUCAGUGCAGUCCAUUUUAAUAGGGAUGGUUCUUUGAUUGUAUCCAGCAGUUAUGAUGGGCUUUGCCGUAUUUGGGACACCGCUUCCGGUCAGUGUUUGAAAACAUUGAUAGAUGACGACAAUCCUCCUGUAUCUUUUGUCAAAUUUUCACCCAAUGGAAAAUACAUUCUUGCCGCCACAUUGGAUAAUACGUUAAAACUUUGGGACUACAGUAAAGGAAAAUGUUUGAAAACAUAUACGGGCCAUCGCAACGAGAAAUAUUGUAUAUUUGCAAAUUUCUCUGUUACUGGGGGCAAAUGGAUUGUCUCAGGGUCAGAAGAUCACAUGGUGUACAUUUGGAACUUGCAAACAAAGGAAAUCGUUCAAAAAUUACAAGGACACACAGAUGUAGUUCUCUGUACAACUUGCCAUCCAACAGACAACAUAAUUGCAUCCGCAGCAUUGGAAAAUGACAAAACGAUAAAACUUUGGAAAAGCGAUACAUAAAUUGGACUUUACUGUAAUAAAUUCAUCUAUUCUCUCUGUACAAACUUAUACUUGUAACCUUACAAACCUUGGCUACGGUAAUGAUAAAUUGUAAAUGCAUGAUGAUUUCAUUUUGGUAAAUGUUGAGAACUGAAAUCAACCUGAUCAUAUGCAGAAAUGUGAUGCGGUAUUUUUUGAACUAGAAUAAAGUGAAGCAAUAAUGUUGAGCUUCCCAUUCCGAGCCUUGAGUCUGGCAAUUGUGACUAAAUAAUUAUUUAAGUUGAAGUUGAGAAAAUUAUGAAAUGAGAAUACAAAAUUUCAUCCAAGUCGAAUAAAAUCUGUACAUAAAACUACUUGAGUUCCUGAUCACCACGAACUCGUCCGUCAAAUGGUAAUUGCAAAGAAAUCGAAUCCGUAGUAAGUACUUGAAUGUAUCUAAUUGUGCUCAUCAUUAUUCACUAUCCAAAUAUCCAAGUACAAUUGAGUGAAAUAUGCACAAAAUUUAGAAUAUUACGUACGUACAUGAAACGUCACCCUCGAAUGUAAGAGUUCGAAUAACUGCAAAUAAGUAUGAAUACAUCGAAUAUUAGAGUCCAUUCAUACAUGAGCGAAUUUUUUGGAGUAGCUAUCUCAAGAGUUCCAAAGUAAGAAUUCUGCAGUAAAAUAUGAAGACAUUUCCAAAGCUCGAGAGGCUAUAAUUCUUUGAUUGGACAUAUUAUUUUGGAACUGUUGGUACUUUGGAAUUAUACAAUGACACCUAUUUGAGGUUGUCUAUACUUAUGUUUGAUAACUGUGGAUAGUAUAGUUUUUUAUCGUGAAAAAAUAAAGUGAACAUUGUAUGUGAAUACAAAGAAA